AUGAAGCUUCCUGAGCUCAGGCCUCAAGCCCACCGGACCCCCCACAUGAAGCUUAAAAUACCUAACGACUGGUCCGUCCUACCGAUACCUAAUGCCCCAGAAAACCCAGCGCCCAAAGAAACGAUGCAGAGACCAGUUCCGUUUGCCAGCGCAUGCGUGUUCGCCUCGCUCGACCCACGAGGGGGCCAUGCGAUCGGCGAUAUGCCAAGCAGCAAGGGGUACUCGUACAAGAGCAACAGCCAGGGUAACUACUCCUGCGCUCGCGACUACGGAAACAGCAGCAGCAGCAGCUCCGCGAACCCGAACUCAUACCAGUAUCCCAGCGCAAGCGGCUCAAUUCACUACUCAACCCCCAAGAGCGAGAGGUAUCAAAACGAUGGCAACGGCGGUUCACCGUACACCUCGGCUAGCGGAUACCGAACAUGCUCCGGGUACGGCAAAAAAGUACGCCAACAGAACCAUCCAAAUCAGCUACCUCGUAUCAAGACCGACAAGCAAACAGUCAAGAUGAGCGGACAAGGUUACGAGUACAAGAGCUCCGGCACCAACAGUGAGGGCAACCACUACUGCGCCCGUGACUACGGUAGCAGUGCUUCCAACUCCAACUCGUACCACUACUCUAACACUGACGGAUCCUACUACUACUCUAACCCCAACGGCAGCACCUACUACAACGAUGGCAACGGCGGCUCAACCUACACCUCUCCCAAUGGCGAGAGAAGCUCAUCCGGCUAUGGCAGUGGAAGCUCCGGUAGCUCUGGCAAGAAGUGA